UUUCGGAAACAACGUAUGCUCGUUGCUAUAAAGAAGACAUUGCGCUGGAAAUCUCGGUUUGCAUUCGCAGGGCGGCCAAUGCCACCUCCAACCACGGCGGAGCCCACAACCACCACGACAACUACUACUACUACUACUACAACCACCACCACUACAACCACUACCACUACAACCACCACUACCACUACAACCACUACUACCACAACGACAACCACGACUACUACCACCACAACCACGACUACUACCACAACAACCACGACCACUACUACAACCACCACCACUACAACCACCACUACCACUACAACCACAACUACCACAACCACAACCACGACUACUACCACAACCACCACAACCACUACCACUACAACUACCACCACUACGACCACUACCACUACAACCACUACCACCACUACAACAACUACCACAACAACCACGACGACAACGACAACCACAACAACGACCACCACUACCACAACUACCACCACUACUACCACGACUACCACAACUACGACAACGACGACCUCUAGUACCACAACAGGCAUACCGACGUCUCAACCCUUGGGCAAGUACCCGGUGUUCUGCGUGCUGACCACCAUCCAGGCGAACUACGACCGCAUCUCGCUGGACAGCGCGUGCGACUACAUACUCAUACCGUUCUAUACGAGGGGCAACGACACAUUCGUCGAUGACAGCAACCCCGUGACCCAAAAAUUGCUCGCCAAGGCUCAAAGCAAUACGGGCAGGGCAACGUACAUUAUCUACGUGCCGUGGACGUGAGUGGAUGAUGUAGCUGCAAACGACGUCAUCAGCAUCUCAACCAUCAUCAACACAAUGUUUCUU